AUGCCUCGGCCCAGUUCCAGCAAGCGGCCCCGUGGCACUGGAGACUGCAGCCGUGAACAGACCUUGUUGGAGCGCCUGAAGAUAACAUUUUCAACCAGUGUAAUCUUGGUCUCCCCGCAAAAUGAGAUUUUAUUGCUCCAUCGAGUCAAAACAUCGUCUUCUUUUGCAUCGGCCCACGUCUUUCCUGGAGGAAAUUUGUCUAGCCAAGACGGCCCAUGUCCGCCACCGGAAGACCUCUCCAGACAUGAAGACGGCCCUCACUACCGCCGGGCUGCCCUUCGAGAGCUGUUCGAAGAAAGUGGGAUUCUGCUUGCGAAAGAUCAGAAGUCCGGAAAGAUGAUCUUUGUCAAUCAGGCAACGCGUGAGCAAGGCCGGAAGCUUAUUCACCAGGGUAAACUCACUUUCGAUGAGUGGUUAGCGCAACAAAGCCCCAAUGCUGUGCCCGAUACAGACCAAUUGACUCCUUUCACCCGCUGGAUCACUCCAAGCGCAAAUGCCAAGCGCUACACAACUCAAAUGUAUCUUUACUUCAUGCCAUUGCCAGUGAACGUGGACAAGCAAGUACUUGAAGAUCUACCAAGAGAAGGCGAACGGGAGGAAAUUCAGGUUCCUUCGAGCGACGGUGGAAUCGAAGUCACUGAGGCACAGUUCCUCCCAGCUGCAGAAUGGCUGCGCCGUGCACAAAAUGGGGAGAUUAUUCUGUUCCCACCGCAAUUCCUCCUUUUGCAUUUGGUGUCGGGCUUCCUUGAUGAGCACCCACGGACAGGCCUCUCCACAGAGGAGAUGGAGAAUCGGCGAACUAAACUCGUCGAGUUCGUACACUCGGGAUCACCUGCUUGGACAGACAAAUGCAUUUCUCCCAAGAUGACCAAGGUCGCCGCAGACGGACGCACUGUUCUCGCUUUGCAUGAUCCUGGAUUUGAACUGAAGGGAUCAAAUAGGCAGGGUGAGUCGGACUAUGUUGUCCUCGUGCGGUUUGUUAAGGGAUCCGCGAGGGAGGUAGCGGUCGCCUUGAAAAAGGAUGUUCUCCAAGGGGAGCGCAGCAACCUUUAA